AUGGCAAAUAAUGAGAGUAAUGAUACAUCAACAUAAAACAGUAAAUUUGUUCAUUUGAAUUCCUCCGUACAAAUCCUAAAUGAAAGUAUAAGUAUACAAAUGCCAUAAUUCAGACAAAAAGUGCUUAAAACUGUUCAUUCAAAAGUAAAAUUUUCAUUAAUUAAGGAUGUUGCGAGAAGAAAAUAAAUUGCUUGCCAUAUUUAUAUUAAUGAUCUAGAUUCUGUACCUGGAUAUAAAGCAUUAAAAAGUAUAUUUGAAUCCUUAAACAGAACAAAUAUGUAGAAUCUGUAUUUGUGAAGAAGAAUCCUCUAAAUUUAUUACUCCAUGUAAAUGCAAAGGAACUUCAGAGUUUGUUCAUUAAGAAUGUCUAAAAAUGUGGAUUCUAGAGUAAUAUGGAGUUAAUAAAAUCUAUAAUGAUGAGGUAAUUGAUUACAAUCUAAUCUUGUUAAGUUAUAUUGCGAAGUUUGCUAACAUAAAUUUGAAUUCGAUGUAGAUUUUAAUAACAGGUUCGAUAUCACAUAAUUUUAAAGAAUAAAAAAGAAAACAAAACUUUGUUGGCUUAUUCAAAUAUUUUUCAUCAUUCUAUUUAUUUUUGGAUCUAUUGAAAUUGCUUUGUAAUUUGGUAUAAACUCUUUGGCAACAGUUGCGAUUAUUGUUGUAUUUGGUCUCAUAUCAAUAUCAUUAAUUAUUUACUUGAUUUUCAAUUUUAGUACUGCUCAUACUAUUUAAAUGAUUGAAAAUUGGAAUUUCCAGAAUUAUAAACCCAAACCUUCUCCAUCAAUGACCAAAAAGAACACCAAGAAGAUAACCAAUCAUUUCAUUCGAGUCAAUUAAAUAUAUUUUACUUGAAUAAUAUAAUUUAUAAAAAUUUAAUUGAGAAUCAUUCAAAUGUUAGGAUUACCUCAAAAAAAGUGUCAGCUAUUGUUUAAAGAGUAAAUACCUGUUAAAAAAAAGAGUUCAUAACACGUAAAAUUGAAGACUUUAACUUUAAGUAAUUGGAAAUCAAAAGAAUUGACAUCACAAUUAUUAAGUCCAAUAAAAUAUUAACCACCUCCAAUUAUGGAACCUAGAAGUUAAUCAAGAGCUAAUUUCUUUCAAUCUUAGCAUAUAAUCAUAAAAAUAUUAGAUGGAAAACCAAACACAAUAAAAAAGCAAUAUUUUAAUUUUUGA